AUUCGGACCACCAGUCUCUCGACCAAGCACCAUGUCGGCACGGGUACGGAUAUCUCUGUCAAAUCUCGCUCCGGGUAGGAACUCUCAGCAUUCGCAAAAACGCGUCGGAAGAGGUCAAGGCUCAGGUUAUGGCGGCACUGCCGGUCGAGGCCACAAGGGUGCAAAGGCUCGCUCUGGUAAUGGUAAACCCAAGUCUGGCUUCGAAGGCGGCCAGACUCCCAUAACAAAGCGGUUCCCGAAGAGAGGCUUCACCAACUUUAACGACAAGACGUAUGCGCCAAUCAACCUCGACCGUAUUCAGCACUGGGUCGAACAAGGCAGACUCCACUCUUCGCCGGAAAAGCCUAUAACGGCCCGCGAGCUUCUUGUUAGUGGCUGCGUGCACAAUGUCCAUGACGGGAUCAAGCUCCUGGGAGAUGGCGCCGCAUUCUUCAAGACGCCUAUCUACAUCACGCCUUCGAGGGCCUCCCAAAGCGCGAUUAAGGCUGUAGAGGGAAACGGCGGCUACGUGUUUUGCAAAUACUAUAAUCCUCUGGCUCUCCAGGAUUGCGUAAAGGGACGCGACGACCGCACGUCUGCUACUCCAACGCGGCGGUCGGACAUUGUGUGGUACACGAAGUGGCGUAACAGAGCUUACUUGUCGCCUGAGGCGCUGGGCAAGAUGCCGGAGGGGAUCCAGCAGGACCGCUGGAAAGAACUUUCCAAGCAGCUGCUCAAAUUCAAGGAGCAGACCUUCGACAUUAAGAAAUAGCAUGCACUAUAUACUUGUCCGCCCCCUACAUUAAUUAUAGCUCUUAACAAUGACUACGUCUCCAUUCUGUCUGGCGAAAUGCUACGACUGCGCGACCGAUACGACGUAGCAGAGCCCACGGACUGGGAUCGGGACCUCGAUUUUGGCCGCAUGGAUGCUCUCGACGGGCUCCGGCUAUUCCGUGAGUCAGGACUCCUAGGUGACCCAACGCUGCCAUCGGGACUCCGAGAACGAGACUUGGACCGACUGCUGCUCCUGCUGGAACUACGGCUCCGGUAGCUUGCUUGAUCAUCCUUGCCCUCCAUGGCAUCGAGGAGACGGCUCUUUCGUGGACCUAUCUCGCCGUUCUCCUCCAGCGUAGUUCGUUUGGCUAUUCGGGGUAGAAUGAUGUCGCAUACUCUCUCUUCGGUAAGAAGGGAGUGAACGAAUUCAUCCAUGUGUAUUAGCGCAUACCCCGCCAUGUCUCGUUGUCGUAGUUUCCGAUAGUCUUUUAGCAGUGGUUCCAGCAGCUCGUACACGUCCACGGCUCUGAAUGUCAAUCGAACAUAGAGGGCUGCUAGAGCUCGCAAGUACUUAAACUCGUCCGCUUGUAGAUACUCUACCAGUAUUUCUUUUUCUGGCUGGAGCUGCAGUAGCUUCAGAAGCAGGCAGAUGAACUCUGUGGGCCGCUGGUUCCCGUAGACGCCUCCAAUGCAGUGAACAUCAAUUGCCUGGUCAAUGAGUGUUUCGG